AACCUUCCCUCGGUCCCGUUACUCCUUUACGGACUCGAAACCAGCUUUUGGACUUGAUUUUGGCUAUUCAUAUAACGCACCCCCUAAGUUUCGUGGAGUAUAAACCUGUAGGCGAUCAUUGUACAGUGUUACAAUAAUGGCAGAGGCUACUACACCUAACGCCCAGGCUUCUGGUUCUAGUUGGACCGCCUUCCUCAAGUCUAUUGCUUCAUUCAACGGCGAUCUUUCCUCCCUAACAGCCCCGCCCUUUAUCCUCUCCUCCACGAGUCUCACCGAGUUUAGCUCGUAUUGGGCUGAACAUCCUACCGUUUUUGCUGCGCCAGCAAAAGAGCCCGAUCCGGCGAAGAGAGCUCUACUUGUUCUAAAGUGGUUCUUGACUACAUUAAAGCAGCAGUACGCGAGCCGAAGCGAGCAAUAUGGCAAUGAGAAGAAGCCGCUGAAUCCCUUCCUUGGCGAGUUAUUCCUGGGUAAAUGGGAAGACGAGGCGGGUAUAACCGAUUUGGUCAGCGAACAAGUGAACCACCACCCACCUGCAACUGCAUACAGUAUCAUCAACCAAUCGAGCGGUGUUCAUCUUCAGGGAUACAAUGCUCAGAAGGCCAGUUUCUCCAAAACGAUCAACAUCAAGCAGAUUGGACAUGCUGUACUCUCAGUCCCGGAUCCCUCCAAGCCGGGAGAGAAGGACACUUUCUUGAUCACGCUACCAUCACUCCACGUGGAAGGGUUGAUUUUUGGUGCGCCAUUUAUUGAGCUGGACGGCGCAUCUUACAUCACUUCGUCGUCAGGAUACACAGCCAAGAUUGAUUAUAGCGGGAAGGGAUGGAUAGGCGGCAAGAAGAAUUCGUUCACGGCUAGUCUAUAUCCCACGGGCAAGGAGAAGGAAGUUGUUUAUAAUUGCUCCGGACAAUGGACCAAGGCCUUUGAGAUCCACACCGGCCCCGCAAAGCAAAACUCUACCAAGACCCUUAUCGAGAACUGGGAUCCUACCAACGUCCCUAUUUCGGAGUUAAUCGUUGCGCCUAUCGAGAAGCAGCACCCACUUGAGUCUCGACGCGCAUGGGCUAACGUCGCGGCGGGUAUUGCCAAGGGUGACAUGGAUUACGUCGGCAAGGAGAAGACCAAGAUUGAGCAGGCGCAGCGGACGAUGCGGAAGAAGGAGCAAGAUGAAGGCCGCAAGUGGGAGAGGAGAUACUUUGUUGCUCUCCCGGAAUCGGAGACAGACGCAACACUCCAGAGUCUAGCUCCCAAUGUCGGUCUAAACACGAAUGGCGAUGCGGAUAAGACGGGCGGCCUAUGGCGUUAUGAUGCUGCCAAAGCUGACAAGGUCAAGGGCCAAGAGUUAACUGAAGAUGAGAAGAGCAAGCUCGCCCUGGAGCUGCUUGGUCAGUAAGCGCCAUUUAUCGUAUAUGCAUACAGAAGGUUGAGAGCACUUGCACAAAGACGGUGUGGUUGGAGUUGUUUAUACAUAGAUAAUCAAGUAAUGCUAGGGCCCGAAGACAAAGC